AAAGUGGCUUGUGUAAAAUAAAUUUAUUUUCAAGUUUGGAAAAUGUAAACAGUAUUGUAAUAUUCAAAAGUGUGAUAAUUUCAACAAGAAAUCAUCUUUCUCAUUCAUAAAAUAUUUCUUACUGUUAUCAUAUGGUAUAAACAACACGGUAAAUUCUGUGUAUGUGUAUUAGAACCUCUUUAAAAAAGUUUGUUUACAAAUAUUUCGCGCGCCAAUACCGAAGAGCUUCUAUACCGGGUAAUGUAAAUUGCUAAAGUGAAAAUGACAGAGGAAUGCUGUGUUGAUGGCUGUUUUAAUAUUAACGAUCAACUGUACUAUUUCAAGUUACCAGUAAGUAGAACUCUUCGUAAAAAGUGGGUAGUAGCAAUAAAUAGCUCAGCCAAGCUAACAGAUGACGCAAUGGUGUGCAGUCGCCAUUUUCAGGAGGAACAAUAUAUGUUUGUGAGAGGGAAGCGAAGGCUGAAGCCUAAAGUGGUGCCCUGUUUAUUUGAGAAAGAAUCACAAGUCCAAGAUGAAGAACAGAAUACAGAUAGCGAAACCACAAAUGAACUUAAAUCACAAGAAAUUGACAUAGACAAAAAUAAAGAGAGCACAGAUAAAGAUAGUAUAAACGUUAGUAUAGAAAACACAAAUACAGAUAGAAUAAAUACAGAUAAAGAAAACACAGAUAAAGAUAAGAAAAACCCAAAAAAGGAAGACACAGAUGAUAGUAAUAACAAAGAAGACAGCACAGAUAGGCAAAGCAUGGAAAAGGAUAAAGAUGGAAUAGACAAGAGUGAAGAUAAAUGUAGUAGAAGCGUUAAGAACAUAGAUUUAGAAUUCUCACCAAACAAAGAUAUUGAAGAUAUUAUAACUAAUUAUCAUAUUAAGCAAACGCGACCUUUAUCCGAGAUAUCAGAGAGGGAGACAAAAGGAGAAAUAGAGCAGGAUAGGAGAGAAGAAGAGAACGAGCCGAAGUAUGUGGAGGUUUCUGUCGGUGGGAAGAGUCAAGACCAAACAAAUGAAGACUGCCUCAUGCUGUUGGAGAAUGUUCAAGUGGAGAUCGAUCCCAGCAUGUUCCCUCUUGACCACGACGCUGACUUUGACCGUGAACAGAAUAUAGAACAAGUCGAUCUGGACCUGGAUUCCAGCUCGGAUUGUAUCGAUUUGGGAGAAAAAAAAGAUGACCCCAUCAGUCUCCUCUCCUCGAGCGAUGAAGACGAAGUUAUAAUACAGGAACCGAACAUAGACACGAUAUCCGUCUCGGACGCCACAGAUGAAGACGACAUUCCAUUGCUAAAACUGGUGAAAAAGCAUAAAAAGUCAAAGAAAUCCGAGAAAAACGCUGCAAUUAACAAGAUUUUAUUGAACAAAUACAAAUGUGAAGUGUGCAGAUACACAGCCCUGGACGCGGCGGAUUACUCCCUCCACAUGGGCAAGCACACACACAUGAUACACAUGUGUGAAAUGUGCAACUAUCACACGUCCAGCUGGCUCCUGAUGCACAGGCACAAAGAGAAGCACACGAGAGAGAGCAAGAACACAAAGAGAAGGAAUCGAGAGAAGAAGUACAAGUGUCCUCUGUGCUCCUACCGGGCGAAACAUAACAUGAGCCUGGUGUACCACAUGGGGACCCAUGGCGCGAAGAACGACUUCGAGUGUGACAAGUGUGGGUUCUUCAGUAAUUUAAAAGAGAAUGUGGCGAAGCACAUGAAGAAUUGUAAGAGUGAGUUCUCUUGUGGUUAUUGCUCGUAUAGAACGAGCAGCAAGAGUUGUUAUAGCAAGCAUUUGAAGCGGUUCCAUGAUGAAGCUAUUGAUAGAGAUUUUCUCCCAUCGUCUUGGACUUAAAAUGUGAAUGUGUGAAUCGGGCGUCAACUGUCAAAAGUGUUGUGUGUGUGAGAUCUGUAUUUUCAUACAGAUCUAAGACAUGUUUUCAUGGCUUGGAUGGAUUAAAGAAAUCCAUAAAUAAAAAUACUGUUUUUUGUAGUCACGUGACACAAGACGGUGACGUAGUAUGCUUGUAAAUAAUGUCUUCGCCUGUCUAAUCCUAAUACGAGUUUCGUUUCUACGGAAACUGCUUUUUAUCAAUAUUUUUCAAAAUUAAAGCAUUUCGACAUUCUUAAUUAAUAUUUAUAUUGGUUCUGUAUAUAUUUUGCAAGUUAUAUUUUACCGAAAUUAUUGUUAAAAUAUCAGCCAGAUCGCCGAGUGAUAAAAAUCUUGAAAACUACGUGUUUACAAGCAAAGCACGUCACAGGUGCGACGCCAUCUUGCAGAAGCGUUUUGGCGCGUUCUUGAAUGUAUUUUAAAGCUUUCAACAAUUUGUAUAGAAUAUAUGAUUAUUAUGAAUUUCAAGUGAUUUUUAAAAUCUUAUCAAACAGACAAUUGUGGGUGUCUAAAUUUGAUUGUUUACAGCUUUUACAUCAAAGACCUCCAUCGGGAAACUGCUCAACACGAGUCCCACUCAACUCAAAAAAACUAGAGAUUUUUUUAAAUUUUAAACUUAAACAGAAAUUAUUAAGUUUUACCACAGAAUUUGUACAUUUGUAUCGAUAACAAAUUUCAAGAAUGACGUGCACAGACUAUUGAAAUUAAAAAUAAAACAUUGCUAAGUGAAUUAUGACACUUAUUACUUUUCUAGGAGACGCGUCAUGUCAUUGACAUAUUCUAUGUGGCUGGGCCAUCUUUGGCGCCAUUUUUUGGCACACAGUAUUUUUAAUUUGCCACAAUAUUGGACAGUGCUACAUACUUCUCUUGGCCGGUAAGAGCGACACUGUCAUGGAUAUUAGUAUUGCCAGUUAAUAAAAUUUUACCAUUAUAAGGGAAAUAAAUUAAAAUUCUAGGCUUAAAUGGGACACAAACUUAGGAACAACUGAUAUGGGGUUUUGUUACCUGAACUAUUAUAUAUCGAAACCGUAAAUAAUAAAAUAAAUACAUUUUAGUUCUAUUUGAGAGCUAACUGAUAAUGUCAAUCUGACAUUUCAAAAUGGCGACGGUACCAAUUUUAAAUGUGAAUUUUAAAAUUCCGUGUUUCAACCAGCACGCUAUAUUGUCAAGGUUAUUGCUAGAGUUGUAUAAGAUUUUUAAAUUAAUAUAUAUUUAUACAAAACAAUUUGGUUGUCUGUAAAGGUAUACGGAUGAUAAUUUUACGUGGAAAAGUCUUGCAUACUUUCAUGAAUUUAAUUAUGUAACUAAAUUAUCAUUAUUAUGUAUAAAGUUUAUUGAAAAUUACAAUUACGAUAAAUUAACGUACAUUUGAACUCGUUAAUUCAAUUGGUUUUUUAACUUAUACAGUCUCUGUUUUACUCGGACGCUUUGGCCGAUCGUGCCUCUAUCGCUUCCACGAAUCAGAAUUCAUCAAAAACAUCAAAACGAAGUAAAACCUUUUUUAAAGCAAGCCUCUGUUGUUAUGUGCAAUUUAGUUUUCGAAUCUGUCAAAUAGCUGACAGGAGUUAGAAGACGUAUCUUGUCUUUGUCGUUGUUAGAAUGGGAAGGGCUCAAUUUUUUUAUUUGCGUUUAUCUAACUGAUGAUAUUUAUAGCAAUAAUUGCAUAAUUUAUUAAAUAUAUGUAUUACUUACGU